CCAGAGCGAACACUGUCUGUGAUUAGACCAGAGGCGCGUGGAUCAUUCAAGUUCAGAAGGCAUGUUUUAAGUUCCCAAGUUGGAUGGGGGGACUCUGAAGUAUCUGCUGUAUCUGUGACAGACUGUGGGGUCUGAAGUAAAGCGACCGACCACGGAGACAGGCAAAGCCUCUAGGGGGCCAUGUCUGGUGGCAGCAGUGCUAACAACAACUGGACCAUCCUCACUCCUGAGGAGACUGUCGCUGAAACCCUGAAGCCUUUGGUAGAGGGGACAAAGCAACAUGAAGAAAGCCUUACAUCUGCAGCAGGUUCUGGGGAGAACCAGCCUGCAAACGGUGUAGAGUCUGCAGAAGGGCUCCGUGUGGAGGUAUCAGAAGAAAAAACUGCAGAGCUAAGUGGAGACACAAGCACAGAGCAACACACUGCCGUCACUGAUGCCGCUGUUCCCACCUCUUUGGAAGUCUCCAGCAGCUUUGUCCCUGGCAGUGAUGCACUCAGCCAGUCAGAGGGCCUACCCGAGGGCCCGGCACAGUCCAGCCCUGACCCUGAUUCAUUUUCGGACUCCUACACCCACAUAACCCCCUCCCCUGAUGAGCCCCCAGCCUCACUGCUGAGCACAGAGACUCUGGGAGGGUUAGAGGAAGAAGAGAGGCUCGCACAGGAAGGAACACUGCAUCCGCUAAAUGGGGAGGAGCUACAACAGGAAGUGGAGGAGUCAGAACUGUCUAUAAGGACGACUGACGUAGGGAAACAAGCAGACUCCCCUGUGGAUACAGAGGUGGGUGAAGAGAGGACUGAGAAGACUGGAGAGGAGGGAGAGCCAGAGGUGAGGAGAAGGAGGUCUCUCUUAGCAGCUCUGGAGCGAAUUGGAAGGACAGAGGAGGAAGGAGAAGAAGAGUUCCAGCUCCCACAGCGAGACGAAGACACCGGGUUCUCUGUGAACAAGUGCAUCCUGGGUGCUGUCAUUCUGGUAGGCCUUGGCACCAUCUUUUUCUCAGGUGUCUUCAUGGACCUGGAUGAGGAGAGUGACUAUGGUACAAGGGAGCUGAAAGACGCAGAGUUACCAGGAAAACAGGAGUGGCUUAAUCCAGAGGUUCCUCCACCCCCAGUAGAUGCUGACAGUACAGAGCUUCUAAAUAAGUUAGCCAAAGGGAACCAGCAGAUUUCUGUGCUACAAGCCCAACUUCAGGCACAGAAAGAAGAGCUAAAAGUAGCCAAGGGACAGGCAGCAGAGGGAGCAAAGGAGCGGCUGUGGUGGGAGGAGGUGGAGAAGGAAAACAGUAGGUUGAAGAAAGAGAUGGCAUCUCUCCCUGUCCUUCAUAAAGAGAACGAGAGGAUGAAGAGAGAGCUGGAGGCUGUCCUGGCCCUACAGAAAGAACUAGAAACACUGAGAUCCACUGUGACUGAAUUAAAACUCUCCUCAGCAGCCAGUGAAGCAGCUCAAGCACCUGUGAAGCCCACUGCAUCGCCCUCCAGUGGCCAGCCAGAGGACAGCACGCAGGGCACAGCUGGAUCUACAGAGAGACAACCUAGGAAGCCAUGGGAUGACCAGAGGGAGCAAAAGAAAGAUAUUAAGAAGAAUAAAAAUGACAUGGGCAAGAAGGAGGGGAAAGAGAGAAAAAAAUCUGAAUGGAAGGAAGGAGAGGAAAAGGAGCGCAAAGAUGGAAAUAAAACAGAAUGGAAAAAGGAAAAGCAUGAGCAAGGAAAGUUUGACAAGUUGAAAGAAAUGGAAGGUAAGCAAAAGAGGGACAGUGAUGAGACAAAACAAUGGAAGAAAGAAAAGGCUAGAGGUGAUGAAGGAAUGCCAUGGAAGGAUAGGGAGGGGAAGAAAGAGUGGAUAGACAAGAGUAAGAGAAAAGAAUUGAAGGAGGAGAAAGACUGGAGAAAGGCAAAGCAUGAGAAAGUGAAUGAGGGUAAACAAUGGAGGGGUAAGGAGGAGAAAAAGGAUUGGAAGGUAGGAAAAGACCAUGGAGAGAAGCACAAGGGCAAGGAGGAAUGGAAGGGAGAGGAGGAUUGGAAGAAAGGGAAAGAUGGCUUCAAGGAAAGUGGCAAAGAGAAAUGGGAGAAAAAAGAUUGGAAGGAGAAAGGAGAGAAGACAGAGUGGAAGAAAGACAGUGACUGGAAGAGUAAAAACGGCAAAGAUCAUAAUAAAGAAGGGAAAGGAAACGGUGAAAGGAAACAGUGGGAAGAGAGCAAAAAUCAUGGUAAAAUAAGGAAUGGGAAGGAUGGGAGGAAACAGUGGAACAAGAACGAGUGGAAGAGUAAAAAUGGUAAAGAUGAUAAGGAAUGGAAGAGGAAGGAUGAUAGGAAACAGUGGGAAAAGAAAGAAGAGCAGUGGAAGAAAGGAGGACAGAAAGAAAAAAAACACAACAGAGACUGGAAAAAGGACAGAUCAAGCGCCCAGAAACACAAAGAUGAGCACAAAUUUACCGGUAAUCACGGCCAUGAGGAAGAGCAUCUGUGGGGAGACAGAAAGCCUCCUCACACACACCGCCAACCCUCCCUGGAACAGCCCGAGUACUGGGUCCAGCAGAGAGACCGCCUCCAGCACAACCACAAACCACCACAGCAUUGCAACUCAUUGGAGAGCUGUGCUCAGGCUGAGGGGCUGCUCCCUGUCCCAUUCCCUGAGUUUGAGGCCAUCCUCCAAACGUACCUAGCCAAGGCAGAGGAGGUGGGAGUGGAUGAAUCCAAAAGAGAAGAGCUCAGAAAGCUAGCCACUGAAUUCUUCAAGGAUGGAGUCUUUGUUCAUGACCAGAUGAGCUUUCAAGAGUUCGUUGAGGAUUUGGGAGAUAUUUUGGAGGACAUGGUGGAAGGGGAUGAGAACGGGGAAGAGGAGGAGGAGGAUAGCGCCAUAGAGGAAGAAAUGGAGGGGUUUGAAAGAGAAGUCAUGAAAAAGUUUUUAGUGCCAGGAGCUGGAGAAAAAGAGGAAAAAUCCAAAGGGGAGUGGAGGAAGGAGAGCGGACGAGGACGUGGCUGAUGAAGUGAUUGGAAUUGAUGGAUCUGUUAAGAGGAGCUAAAAGCGGUCAUGACGGAUGAGGGGUGAUUCAAAGGGAACAUUUUAUAUUGGACCACAAAUGCUUACAAGUAUACAUUUAUCAUCCUGACAUCCUUUUUACAGGAUCUUAUUUUACCCCUUUCAUCUGUCGUGCAAGAAGUUCAACUUCAGAUUUAAUAUCACUGUUUUGGGUCAUUUUGUAUUUCACCUCACACAUUAGUACUUUAGUACAUCCUUUGCAUAGGGGAGAUUAAACCUGUUAGACUGAGUUGGAUGAUACUCUGUAUUGACUCUCGUCCAAGAAUAGAUACUGUAUAGUCUUAUUCACACACUACACCUCUUCCUCUGCAAACAGCACUGUGCACUGUUGAAGUCUACCUGUUCACUGAUCUACAGUAUGUACUGUACCUACAUCUAUGCCAUCUUUAUGUAUUAAUUGCUUUAGCCACACUCUUAAUGUCAGAUUAUCUUUAAAUCAUUAGCAAACAGUUUUUAUAAAGGGUGGAGUGAACGUGAACUGCUGAAAAAAGUUUAGUGAAUAUUUAAUGUGAAAUUAUAGAAGUCUGCAUUGAUUUUUGUUUUGAAUGUUUGUACAUAUUGCAUUACAUAUGUUUAAGAACAAUGCUGAAAUGCAGAAAUAUAUAAAUAACGUAUUUUAUAGAGGUUGGCAUAAUAUAGAUUUAAAAAAAGUAAUUGGUUGGCACAUAAAAUAUCGACAUGUUGAACAUCAAUUUUUCAGGUAUAGAGCUCAUGUGCACUAAAAUGUCCUUAAUUAUUGUUUUGUCAUGAAUGUAGCAUUUGUUUAUAUUGAUUAGGUUGGUUAUGGCGAAUAGUUUCCAAAAAAGCAUGUUUUCUUUAUCUGUUUACACGCUAACUUAUGAAAUGUUGCUGAUUCAAGGGCUUACAGCCAAAUAGAGAUUGUUUUUCAGAGGGUGUUGAUGCAGAACCACAUACUGUGUGGGCUUUGUGGCAGCAUAGAGAACUUUGUAUGUUAGGAUGUUCAUAUUUGCCUCAAUUACAUAUAGUCAUAAGAGCAGAAUAAUAAAUUUGGUGCAUCCCUGUGAUGAAACAA